GUCGCCUCUGCUACACUACAGAGGAAGGACGCAUAGAGAGGGAGACACGAAAACGUUUUAUUACAGGCUUUGAGGAAAGAGAGAGAGAGGCGGCAAGACUAUCCGUUUCCGGAGGGUCGAGACUACUGAAUGACGUUUGCGUGUGCUUGUUCGAAAGGAGAUGAGAACCCGGAAACUGUGAGGAGGCAAUCUCAUCUACACCCCCCACCCUCCACCCCCCCCCACCGCCAUCGCACACACACACACGCACAAAAACAGACAAACACGCACACACACUAAAGCUCUCGGUCCCGGCGAGAGAUAGCGAGUUGGCAACACUGAGACGAUACGGCCAAGGUCUAAAUAGGCUGUUAUCUGGAUCUUGAUUCUUGGGCGGCAGAAAUAUCACGUUGAGAGCAGGAUGUCACACGAUGGCGCCGAGAGUGUGUCCUGCCUCGUGUGUACCAACGACUUCGACAACAGAGACCACGAACCUGUCGCAUUACCUGCCUGCGGCCACACCUUCUGCAGGCCGUGUAUUCUGCGGUUGGAACGAACGCAACGUAUCCUCCGGUGCCCUGAAUGCAGACGGCCGCACGAAGGGGAGGCUCCAGCAAAUCUUCCCGUGAAUGAUCUGCUUCUGAACAUUGUCAGUCAAUCUCAGAGAGACAAUGCCUGUGUGAAGACAGAUGAUUUAGGCAGCAUUCAAAGGGGUGGAGCUAGAAGAAAACAUUUUUCCAAGAAAAUGAAGAAGGGAAGAAAGGGGGACAAUAAGAGUUAUUCCCAUCCGUCCUGUAAAGCUGGUGAAGAGAGUGAUCAAGGAAGUUUUGGAAAAAAUGGCUGUAACGAAGUAACUGAUAAUGAGAGUGAUAGUGGCAAGGGAAGUGUCUCAGAGGAUGAUGGAAUUAAUGGAAUGAGGAAGGAUGAUGAGGACCUCAGUUCUAGCAAGGAAGACAGUGAUGACAGUCUCAGCCCACGAAGGAAAAAGAGGGACACUUGUGCCAAAAGGAGAGAACAUGAUAGUAAAAAUGAAUGUAGUGACAGUGACAAUGACUCUCCAGCUGAUGGCAGUAGAACUAAGUGGAGUAAUAACUCGGGUAAUCCUCUUUUGUCAAUCAAACCUACUUUAAAUGACAUAAAUAGAAACAGAGGAGCAGCAGACCAGUUGGUGAAUAUUGACUUGGAAAUAAUACAGCCGGAAAUAAUACAGCCUCAACGUCGGUGUCAGAGUCAGUUCUGGACAAAAAAGAAGUUAAAGAUAAUAUUUGUUUUUUCUGCAUUUUUGAUAGUGGUAAUCUGCAUGCUGAUCAGUCAUCCAGUAUCAUAUUGGAUACUAAAUGGCCUGGGCUUCACUUCAAAGGGAACACGCAAGAAUUCACAUGCAUCAUCGUGGCAGUCUAAGAUCCAAAAAAGUAAUUCUGGCAAAAUUGAUGGGAAUAGUUAUUUUGCAACUCUUCAGAAAGCUUCCACAAAAGGCUUCAAUAUAACAUGGAAAGUUGCUAUCACAAGUUUGGGAGCAGUUGUAGGUGGUUUCUUGUUUUUACCCUGUGUGUUCUGUUGUUACAAGAGAAUAUUAAAGAGAACAGUAGACAAUUGUCAUAUACCAUUGGCUUCAGACGAGGACACUACAGUCUAAGGAUGUGGUAUAGUGAACAAUAGAUACACUGAGGGUAUAACAGACUUCAAAAUGUGUUUCCUCUAACUACCUUAAAAUUGUGCCUUAUUUGGGGUCUUCAGUAAGUAAGAUUGCCAAUUGGAGUAAUUUAAUAUAAAUUGAGGUAAAAUUAGAUUUUUUAAUGUACUUUACGAAGAUUGUGUCUCAUUUCUUGAGAUAUUCAUGUGUAAGGCCUUUUGCAGUGAGGUCAGGAAUAUUAAUUACCACAGUAAUCAUUAAUGCAGCAGCAGCAUUACAGCCAUUGUCUACCUUAUAUUUGUAGUGACAUGGUUGGCAUUGGUGUAUUACAAAUUCAUUAGACUUUUGAAAGUUGAUAGCAACACUCCCCACUUUUGCUUAGCCUAAUAUUGUCCAAGGCAGGUUGUGAUGGUAUGUGCUUUAUAAGGUAGCCUGAUAAAUUUAUAAUGUUAUUGAAAAAUGUCCUUGUAGAAUGAGUAUAAUUAACCCAUUGAUGACAAUAUGUCCACUGUUUGCAGUUUUCCGCUGUAUAUAUAUAUUUUUUAUACAUAGAUGGGUCCAUAAGUGCUCUUCCAUCAUGGAGCCAAUUAGUAUGCCUACCUGACCUUACCUGAUUUCCCCUUUCCUUGAGUUUCCAGGAAAAAAAUGCAUUUUCCAAAGCUAUUUAUGUCACUGUUGUUAUUAUUAUUAACAUUAUAAAUGAUAUAAUAACAAUAUUAAUGAUAAUUAAAUAUAAAGAAUCUUAAAAAAAUAAAGAAAAAGAAUAGACAGGUGAGGUAGGUACGACUAAUAAUUUAUGCGUUGAUGAUAAGGCACUAGUGGAGCUGUCUGUGAAUGAAUAAAGCAAAGCAAAGCAAAACAAAAGAAAAAAAGAAAAAAAAAUAGACUUCGCAUAUAUGUUUGCCAUCCAGUCAUUAAUGAGUCAUGAAAUAUAUUGCAAAUGUGUAUGAACAUUCAGAUUUUGAAAGUAUAUUUCUUCACUUUUUUCUUCUUCUUUUUUUCUCUUCUCCUUCUCUACCUUUCUCAGGGGUUAUGUAAUUGCAUGUCAUUAUUUUUGUUAAUGUAUGUAUAACUAUGGUAAAAGUGUUAACAUUUGUAUUUAUUUUCAUGUGUGUGUGAACUGUUUAUGACUUUCAUAAUCAAGAAAUAGGUGUCUGAGUGAAAAAUGGUCGUUAUUAGGUUUUUUGGCCUCUGACGAGUAAUUCUUAAUACUGUGGAAUUUUCAUUUAUUUUAUCCAAAGAAUAGAUCUUGACUUUCCAAAGAAUAUUUUUGACAACUACGUAAGAUAUGAUUUUCCAACUUUAGACUGAAGUGCUAGUAUGUGUUUUGUUUUCAAAUCCAUUUUUUCCACCUUUUUACCCAUGCAAGUUGAUAAAAAGAAAGUUCUGCAACACAUAAUACUGUGGUAUGCAUUUAAAGGAAAUUGUCAUGGCUAUAUAAUGAUCAAAGAGGAAAACUACACUCACUAAUAUAUGAAAUAGUCUUUGUAGGCAAAAAUUAACAUCAGAAAUUAAGGAAAUGUGUCCUGACAAAUGCCACACAAAGAGCAAGUCUGCAGUGAUUGGAAGGGGUUAGGACAUGUUUGGUGCAUACAGCAGUGUUUGUGGAUAUCCCAGGAAUGGCUUGAGUAAUAGACAAUCUCAGAGGGGUGAGGUCACAUCAUAAGAUUCAAGCAUAUUAUAGCUUUUGUGACUGAAAGAAGAAAUAAUUGCAAGAUGGAAUGGCUGUAUGAAAAUAGAAAAUUCCCUACUUUUUUUCUCCUUCCAUAAUGUUCAUAUUGAAAGUUUAUCAAAAGUCUAUAAAGAUAACAUUUCUUUCUAUGAAAAUCUGUAAUGACAAGUGCAGGUAGGAGAGGUCAUAAAAGAUUUUUAACACAAGGUUAUUAGAGAAAGAAAAAUUUGAUUAUGAGGGGCAUCAUUUUCUCUGUAACUAAUUGAUACAGCAUUCAGUUUUAUUAUAUUAAAAAAGUCUUUAGUAUUUGAAAAUCAAAUGUACUUAAAGCUAGUCCAAUAACUAACUAGAUUUAUAUGACAUGUUUAAAAAAAGUGAUAUAUUAUUUCAAAACCAAGAAUUAUUUCUUGAAAUAAAAUGUGAUAUAAAGAGUACCUCUGUAUAUUAUUAUUAUUUUAUUUAUUAUUAUUAUUAUUAUUUUUUAAAAAUAAUUUACAAGGUUAAGCUAGUCAGUUUUUUCUUUUUUUCUUCACUUGUUGAUGUGAGUCCUUGUUUGAUUACCGACGUCCUGUGUACUAUUGAUUUUCAGAUGGUGAUAUUAGAAGCUGGACAUAAUGACUCAAUGAUUUUUUGCCCUGCCAUUUGUCCAAGUCUACACCUUCACUGGAUUUAUGUUCUCAUUUAAUAAAGUCCUUUUUUUCUGCAUCAGACCAGCUGCCUUUUCAUGUACUGGUAGUUAUAGAGAUGAAAUAAAUGCAGUUUAUUUAGUUGGCAUACUUGAAAGGAAAUAGCAGGUGUUUAUGAAGAGGUAGGCAUUUUUUUUUUUUUUUUUUUUUUUUUUUUUUUUUUUUUAAUUUGGUUAAUUGCUACAUUUUGGUUCGUACUGUGCAAUUGGAAGUGAUAUGACUUUGUCUCUUAACUUGAUGAACUUGAAGGUGAUAUUACAUCUUUUACCUUUGUAAAGCUAAUUUGUUGGUAAGUACUUCACAUGAGGUUCAUGUGUGCUUUUGUUCACUGAUGUAGUAGCUAAUUUAGAAAUAAAAAGUGUUUUCCUCCAUAUAUGACCAGUAAUGAUUAUGUGUGACUCUUUUUUUUUUUUUUCUCCGGAUUUGAAUAAUGCUAAAGAUAUUUUAUCUAGUUUCAUGUUACAAACUCACAUGUUAAAUGCAAUAUCAAGACAUUUACACCCUCCAUGCUCAUCAAGUUACACACACACACACACACAACACACACACACACACACACACACACACACACACACACACACACACACACACACACACACACACACACACACACACACACACACACACACACACACACACACACACACAUGUACACAUGCACAGAUGUAUGUACAUAUGAUUUAUUUAUAGCCAUGUACUUUUCCUGUAUUUCCUGUAAUUUCCAAGGAACUUUAAUGAGUCGGUUCACAUUUCUUGUAAAAUUUAUAAGAACAUUUAGCGAUAUUCGGUUAUAAUUGUACUUAUUAAAGCAAUGAUAUAAA